AUGAUGAACCAUCACCUGCCCGCAAUGCCCCAUGGGCAGCCACCCAUUCCUGCGCCUCGGCGCCAGCAGGACGUUCCUUACGCGAGCGGACCUCCCAAUAUGCGGUCGCCUCCCGCCUAUAUGGGUUAUCCGCCUCAGAUGAACGGCCACCACCCUCCUCCGGCCUACCCUCCGCACCAGUACCCGCAGUGGUAUGCACCUUUUCCACCGAUGCAGAUGCCUCCUCGUGCAUACCCCAAUCCCUACGCCCCGGCAUUCAUAUCUUCCUACCCUCCACAACAGCCCCUAAUGGCUCCGGCCCAUAUGCCGCCACAAUCGCUCCCUCUCCAACCGAGAGCUACAACCCCCUUCCAGAACCCGAUGUCGCCGUCCAUGGGUCCUGCUCCUGGAGCGCUUCCGCCACAAGCCCAGUCCCCUGUGGUUAUGCCAGUUCAUACACCUAGCCCGGCUACCACGUCGUCUCCUGGUCCGGUCCCGGUCAACACUGUCCCGUCGCCAAAAGAACCCUUCCGAGCUCCGCUUCCAUGGCUUUCAAACCCCGAUAGUCCUUUCCCAGCCAGGGCUCCCCGUAGACCGCGCAAGACCCGCAAUCUGCAGGCUUCCUCUCUUUCAGUGGAGCUUCCUAUGAAGGAUGGACAAGGCUCUCACAGGGGUGGGGAGCCAAGACAGGCCAAGGCUCAGCAAGCCGAGGUGCAGACGCCAUCUGAGCCUCAAACCCCAACUUUGUCGGCUGCCCCAUCUAUCGCGGAUUCCACCCAGCCCACGACCCCGUCUUCAGCUGUGCAGAGCUCAUCUGCGCGGCCCCAGAGCCAGUCCAAGACGCCGAAAGCAGCCGCUCCUGUUGUCCCCGUUGUCCCGGCCAUCCCAGCGCCAAACGCCUCGCGUCGUGCAGCCAAGAGCGACGCUGCUAGCCGCCCCUCCGAGAUAUCGAAAUCGACUCCAGAGGUUGCUGGCACAGCCGCUGAAGAACCAUCAGGCGCAGCUGAACAGUCAAACGAACCGGCUGAGAACAAGCAAGAGGUUCCCGCCAAGGCCGCGGCGCCCAAGUCGUGGGCAGACUUGGUUCGGAACAAGAAUCUUGCCCGGGCUGCGGCUGGCCAAGCUGCUCCGUCGCCAGGAGUAAUCAAUGGUGCCGGAAAGCCCCGAAACCAAACCAUCGCGGAUGUUGUUGUGAACCUGGGAGAUGAUGUUUCUCAGUACAGCGACAAGGUGACUUUCCUUGAACCUAGAGGCCUCGUCAACACCGGCAAUAUGUGCUAUAUGAAUUCGGUUCUUCAGAUUUUGGUUUCUUGUGUGCCAUUCUACCAGUUGCUCGACCAUAUUGGGAAGCGUGCGUCCCACAGUAUUCACAGCGAUUUCCCCAUGGUGGAUGCUUUAAUUAUGUUCAUGAAAGAGUUUCGUGUCAUUGAUGCGGCCGACGACGAAGAGCAGCUGCGGAUGAGACUAAAGGCGAACGAACUCGAGCAAUACGGGGAGGCGUUCACCCCAGAAUUUGUCUACGAGGUUAUCCGGCAACUGCCGCGUUUCCGGGACAUGCGUCGCGGGCACCAGCAGGAUGCUCAGGAAUUCUUGGGUUUCCUCCUUGAAGAAAUGCACGAGGAAUGCGCUCGCGCGGCCAAGGAUAAGGAUUUAGCUGAAUCUCCUACGACGAGCGUUACCCAAUCCGCAUCUUCUACUGACGGCGAGGGUGCUGACGGGUGGUUGGAAGUUGGCCACAAACAGAAAUCCGCUGUUACGCGCUCGUCCGGUCACAUUGCAUCGGAAUCUCCGAUCACGAAGAUCUUUGGCGGCAAAAUCCGAUCCGAGUUCCGGGUACCUGGUAACAAGGCGUCGGUGACUCUUGAACCGUACCAGCCUCUUCAGCUUGACAUUGGUGCACCCGAUGUCCACAACAUUGUGGAUGCUCUGAAGGGCUUGACUAAGCCGGAAAGCAUUCAGGGAGACUUCAACUCUUCGCGCGGCCCCAAUGUCACUGCCACGAAGCAAGUCUUCAUCGAGAACCUUCCCCCAGUUCUUAUUAUCCACCUGAAGCGGUUCCAGUAUGAUAGUGUUACGCACGGUACCCAGAAGAUCUGGAAGAAGAUCGGAUACCCUCUUGACCUGGAGAUCCCGCGAGAGGUGUUCCCUCCCCACAGACGUAAUGUUAUGAUGGCCCAGGGCGGUCUUCCGAAAUACCGACUUGUUGGAGUGAUUUACCACCAUGGUAAGAACGCCAGCGGCGGUCACUAUACCGUUGAUGUGCGUCGCCAGGAGGGCCGCGAAUGGAUCCGUCUCGACGACACCGUCAUUCGUCGGAUCAGGAGCGAAGAUGUGGCGGAAGCCGGUGGAGAAGAAGACCCGAAGGUGCUGGCCACUGCGUUGGAACAGCACAAGCGCGACAACUCGCCUGCCAACAUUUACGACCAUAUCGAUCAAGGCGAGCAGUCCGACGAUGGCCGAGGCUGGAGUCAGGUCAAUGGCACGGGCUCUGGCCACUCGAGCAAGAAGUCCACCUCAGCCGCUGUCAACGGAACCCCUAACCCAUCCGGAGCAUCCUCUGGUGUCCGCACCCCACUCGGACGAUACGGAACCCGGGACAACAAGGUGGCGUACUUGUUGUUCUACGAGCGUAUCCCAUGA